GAAAGAUAAGCAGAGCAGAAAUGCAUAAAAAAAGAAAUUAAAUUUCCUUUGUUUAGACCAUUGGGUUGUUAAAUCCUAACUCUCUCUCUUCAAUUUCCAGUUAUGUAGCACUUUCCCGGUUCCCUCCUCCACCCCCUUUCUCUCUCUCUCCUUUGCACCAAUACCCAUUUCAAGGAUUGCAUUACAUUCAUUUCAUAGAAUCAAGGUGUGGAAUUGCAGAGGCUAUUGCCCUUUUCAAUCUUGUUCUAACCCUUGCAUCGGAUCUGGGGUUUUCUUGCGUUUAUUCCAAGGCUGGACUGCUUGUUUUGGGUAUUUUUAGGAGAUUGACAUUGAAGGAAAAGAGGGGUUUUGUAUAGAAGGAAAAAGACUAAGGCGGUUGCUUUCUAAUUCACAGAUGGAUUACUAGUUGAAAAGGAAGCACAGGCGUGCUAUAGAAGUUAAAAUUGCAUUUAUUGGAGAUAUUUUGUGAGUUAUAACCUGGAAAGUGCUAUUUUUGCUUCAUGAAGUUGAAUUCAUUUAUUACGAUCUUUUGCCUUAGUUUAUAAUUAAUCAACACCCCUAUGAAGAAGCAAUUUUUGUGAUGGGUUGACUUUUGAAGUUGAGUUAUUGGUGGGUUUUUAUUGAAGUUUUUUGCUUUGAUCAUUUAGAGUGUGGUGAAGAGAAGCAAAUAUUUAAAUUGAGCUUUCGGGUGUGAGUGGAAAUGGAUCAUAUAGCUCCAAGGAACCUAUGUUCUGAAGUUGUCGAUCUUGAAAAUGGGGAAAGAGUUAGUAGUGUAGAAGAUUCAAGCAAAAGUCCCAUUUCAGGUGUUAAAAAACAGGCAAGAAGUUUGCUUUCUAAGGUUUGUGGUCAUUUUGUUGAAGGCUCAGAGGGUAAGAUAAGUUUGUCUACCAAUGUAUUAAUUUCUAGUGGGGAUUUGGUGGACAAUGUGAAGACGGUGAUGAGUAUGAGUAUGGAAGGAAAAGAGGCGAAUAAGGAUGUUGAUGAGAAGAGCAUGGUGAAGGAGAAACAUAAAAAGACUAGCAAUAAAAAGGCUCCAAAACCUCCCCGGCCUCCAAGAGCUCCAUCAUUGGAUGCAGCAGACCAGAAGUUAAUCAGAGAGCUAACUGAACUUGCCAGACUGAAACGUACUAGAAUUGAACGGAUGAAAGCCUUGAAAAAGAUGAAAGCUGCAAGGGCAUCCUCUUCUAAUAGCAACAUAUUAGCCUUGGUAUUCACCAUCAUUUUCUGUCUUGUAAUAAUCUUUCAAGGCAUGUCAUCCAGAAGUACACAUGUAAAUAUGCACGGAUCUCCUGUGCCAACUGGAGCAGCAGAUGGCAGAUUGAUUUCGGUGCAGUACUUUGGGAAUCCAACAGCAAGUGAUCCAAAUGGACCCAAUUCUGGGUCUCCCAGUUUGGUGGAGCAGGUUUCUGGUUCAGACCCUCAAGAACAACCAAGAAGAUUUACUGGAUAGAAUGGAAAGAACAGAAAGGUGUUUUAUGAGGAUAUACAACAAACAUACAAUGCGGUUCUCAUACAAGCCACUGCAGUAGACGGUUCUUAUGGCCUUACAAAGCUGGAUCUUUUUCUGGGCAUUUUAACUUAUAUGUGCUCUUUCUGAAAACUGGGGCGAGUUAAAUUACCAUGUAAAUUCUUGUGCACUCAACAGGCCAUGUCAAAAUGUUACCUUGAUAAAGUUGCCUCCUUGGCAACUUACAUGUCCAAAUUUUGCUAUGGGAUUUUAGAUUCUGUAAAUCCGUUCUAUUAUGAUGUCCAAGUUGAAAGUUUCCUGAAUUUAUGUUCCAUGAUUUUACUUGUAUCUCAUUGUCAUCGAGUUGAAUUAUAUGCAUAAGACAUUGGUGACCUUCCCCCAAUCCGUAAUUGGUGUAAGGCAUGAUUGAUGACUACCUACAAUUGCUCCUGGAGACCCUUUUUUUUUUUGUGUGUGUGUGUGUUUUUUAGUGAGAAAUAAAGAUAUGAUGCAGGU